UUCCAUUAUUAUCUCUUCUUCUGCGCCUGCUCCCCAAAACUUCCUAACCAAUAUUACAUUACAAAAUGGCCCAAACUAUGUCAGUUUUCUUUAUCCUGCUAUCAGCAAUGGUAAUUCAAGCUUCAUCGAGGCCUGUUGACAUUGUUUCGACUAAUCUUAACAAAGGUACGAACGAUAAAAUCACAUACGACAAAGAGGGAUCAUCAUUUUCUUCAACAUGGAUGAUCAAAACUCGUGUCCUUGGCCAAAAUACUGGUGGUGUGUAUGAGAAUUACAUGUGUGAAGUCUACCCGAAAGUUUGUCAUCUUAAGGGAAGUGUGGGAAAAGAUUGUUGCAACAACAAAUGUGUGGAUGUGAAGAGUGAUAAUAUGAAUUGUUCAAAAUGCGGGGAUAAAUGUGAGGAAGGUAACAUAUGCUGCAACGGAAAAUGCAUCGACAUUAAUACCGACAAACACCAUUGUGGUGGAUGCAACAACAAGUGUACUCAUGGGGUGCGCUGUAACUAUGGAAUGUGUGGUUAUGCCGCCUAGUUAAUUUGUUAUUCAACUACGAAUUAUUCCCUACUAACGCAACAAUUGUAAUUUUAAGUUUUGUUUUUUUAGAGAGGGGAAAAAAGGACAAUAAAUCAAUUCAUGUAUAUUUUGUUCGAG